CCCACGAGAUGUUCGAAACGCAGACAUCCUUGCCGUCGCUGGCAUACAAACCUUUAAUUUUCCUUUAUACAACUUUUCCUAUCCUCUUCUCUUCCGUUCUCUAGUCUUUCUUUACCUCUUUGUAUACUUUCUGCUCGUCCAUAGUCAUGGGCGCCGUCACCAGUUGUUGUGAAUCUUGUUUUCGCUCGAGGAGAUCUCAACAGUACGAGCCUCUCCUUCUCGAGAACGAACGAGAAGCCGUCGCAGACCUCCUCCAAUAUCUCGAGAACCGCACAACCACCAAUUUCUUUCAAGGCUCGCCUCUUACUGCAUUAACUACCCUCUCUUUUUCCGACAAUGUCGACCUUCAGCGUAGUGCUGCACUCGCAUUCGCAGAAAUCACCGAGAAGGAGGUGCGCCCUGUGGGUCGAGAUACGCUCGACCCCAUUCUUUUCCUCCUGAGCAGCCAGGACACGGAGGUGCAGCGUGCUGCUAGCGCCGCGCUUGGAAACCUGGCCGUUAACACUGACAACAAGCUCCUCAUCGUAAAACUUGGAGGCCUAGAGCCGCUCAUUCGCCAGAUGUUGAGCCCAAAUGUCGAAGUGCAGUGCAAUGCAGUUGGCUGUGUCACAAACCUCGCGACACACGAUGAUAACAAGACGAAGAUCGCUAAGUCAGGCGCACUUGUGCCGCUUACUCGGUUAGCAAGGUCCAAGGAUAUGCGCGUUCAGAGAAACGCUACCGGCGCCCUGCUAAAUAUGACCCACUCAGAUGAGAAUCGACAACAACUCGUAAACGCGGGUGCCAUCCCUGUCCUUGUGAGUUUGUUGAAUUCGAUGGACACAGAUGUGCAAUACUACUGCACGACUGCGUUGAGUAAUAUCGCCGUCGAUGGAGCAAAUAGAAAGAAACUAGCACAGAGCGAACCAAAGCUCGUAACGAGCUUGGUGGCCCUUAUGGAUAGCCCAAGUUUAAAGGUUCAAUGUCAAGCUGCGCUUGCUCUGCGGAACUUGGCUAGUGACGAGAAAUACCAACUAGAAAUCGUCAAAGCUGACGGUCUUACUUCGCUUCUCCGACUGCUCCAGUCUACUUACCUCCCACUCAUACUAUCUUCCGCUGCCUGUGUCCGUAACGUCUCCAUUCACCCACAGAACGAGUCCCCUAUCAUCGAGUCCGGAUUCCUACAACCAUUGAUUAACCUUCUGUCAUUUAAAGACAAUGAAGAGGUUCAAUGCCACGCCAUUUCGACACUGCGUAAUCUUGCUGCAAGCUCAGAGAAGAACAAGACCGCGAUCGUGAAAGCAGGCGCGGUGCAGAGCAUCAAGGAGCUCGUACUGGAGGUGCCUAUGAAUGUGCAGAGCGAAAUGACUGCUUGUGUCGCUGUUUUAGCCCUUAGCGAUGAGCUCAAGGGCCAACUGCUUGAGAUGGGUAUUUGCGAAGUGCUGAUUCCAUUGACGAAUUCGCCUAGUUCAGAAGUUCAAGGCAAUAGUGCUGCGGCCCUAGGUAAUUUAUCCUCCAAAGAUGGCCGUACUGCAUCUGACGACUACUCUGCAUUUAAUGACGUCUGGGAGAAGCCCGAUGGUGGCAUGCACCGAUAUCUUUACAAUUUCUUGACGAGCGUAGACGCAACCUUCCAGCACAUCGCUGUUUGGACGAUCGUGCAGCUGCUUGAAUCGGGAGAUCCUCAAUUGAUCAGCAAUAUCCGCACCUCUGGCCUUUUGAACCCAUCUAUCCGGCAGCUCGCAUUGUCCCGUACACCAUCCGCGACGUCGUCCGUUGGUACACCUCACUCGCAUCGGUCACAGUCACAAUCAUAUGCAGAUACGGACACGGGUGAGGGUCAGGGGGAGAUUCAGCUACUUGCACGGCGAAUUCUGGAGUUCGUUGAUGGGGAUAUCGAUGGGGGAGCUCCGCGAAGUGUCACCGCGUCUCAUAUGGCCGGGUCUUCUGUUAGUAGUGCCAGGGAUGAGGAACUCAGAAGGAGCGUGCGGGAGGCGUUCUCGUCUGGUUCCCACCACUAGCUAGGGCAGCCAGUAAGAUCGGUAUAUAUCCAUGGUUCACGUUCUGCAUCUUGCCUUUCUACUGUUGUACAUCGUUCAUCUGUGCGUCGUCUAUUCUUCAUCGUAUACUUAUGUCUUUAGUUUUUUUUGUUUCCCUGACGAAUUUUCUUUAACGGUUCUCGAUGCCCUUUUUGUUCAGUGAUGAUUACGACUGAAUGUCUGUGCAUAGCUAGUACCUGACGAAUAGACCUUUCUAUACUGCCAACUCCGUACUGCCGGCGUCCA